CCAGUUUGUAUUUUGCCGGAGGUCCCCUCGCACCGCGCGGCCCAUGUCCUGCCGCGGCCGAUGGUGUGGAUCGUCGAGGGCUCGCCGGCGCCCUCCUUCGCGGCCCCGUGGACGGCGGGCCCCCACGCGGCCGCGCCGCACCACUCGCCGGCGCGAUCGUCCACGCCGCCACGGCUGCAGGGCUAUGCGGGAGCAGCGCCGGUGCCUGCCGCGGCGCUGUGGGCGGGCACCUGCGAGGUGCCCCCCGUGGCCACCGCGCACGUGCCAGCCGUCGCCUCCACGCCGGUGGCGGUGCGGCACGUGGUGCAGAGGUUGGACGCGCAGCCGGCCGCGCUGGCGCCGCAGGC